UGGACGCCUUCAAUCGCCAGUGUAAUGGCGAGCCUCAUGGCGCCGAAUCUGUGAUCGUUGCGUCGCGUUUUCGGCACGGAAAUGGUGCUCGGAGAUGCGUUUCUAAUCCCCGUGGUGGUAGUUUGGGUGUAGCAGUACUUUGCUUGUGAAGCUGAUCGGUGUCUUGAGCUCAUCGUUCAUCGCCAUGGUCUUCUGAACUCUGCAAUUGGCUCAUUGCUUCUGGUUUUCCAUACUCGAUUGCUCAUUGAAGACUUCAUAGCCCAUUUUGAUGAUUGUCUUGGAUGAUUCGUGAAGCUGGUGGAAGGGCUUCGUGACAUACAGGGCCAGCAGGAGUAGGACGAAAGAGUUUCGAUUUCAAUGUCCGCCGCCAGCUUGUUCUGCAAUCUUGCUUCAUCAUCAGUCGACAUCACUCUACUCGACUGCAGGCCCAAAGCAUCGUGGGCUGUGAAGAGUAGGAGUUUUUUCUCAUCUCUGGGUCGUCGUUCCCAGGGGUUUCUGCCGAAACUUUCUGUGAGUAUCAAGAAGGCUGCAAGUGGACGUAGCAGUUCCACGGUUAUCAAAAACUCCGGAAUGGAUCCCGAGAGUGAAAUUGACAGGCGGUUUACUGGCCGAGUGUUGGCACCAGCUCCUGGAGACUCAGAUUGGUGGGAUAAGAAGCUACUGUCAGGUGCAGUAGUUGUUCCAGAAAUCGGAAAAUCAGGAUACCGCAUGUAUUAUUAUGGACGGGGCGGUGAUGAGUGGGCUAAGGGGGUGCAGCCCUUCAAUGCCUCCUUGCCAACGGGAAGAAAUGGCAUGGCCGUCAGCGAGGAUGGGCUUCAGUUUGAGCGCUACAUGGGUCAUCUUAGCGGGGGCGCCAUAAUGGACCCUUCGCCAGAUUAUGCCGCGUUCGAUGCAGUGCACAUCGGGGUUAGUGACGUCCUUUACGACCAGGCUGAGGAUGUCUGGCGGAUGUUCUACUUCGGCGGUGGUUACGAGGAGUCUACCCUUCUGGGAUUAAACCCAGACAAACUGUUUAGAGGGGUGAAGUUGCGACCUGGGGUGGCUGCUUCAAAGGAUGGUCUUUCAUUUGAUGAUAGGGAGGGUCCUAUCCUUGAGCUGGGAGAGAAAGGCGCCUGGGAUGAGAAUGGGGUGUCGUGGCCUAGAGUGUUGCCUCCUGAGGAAAAUGGGGAUGAAAAGGACAAGGGGAAGAGCAACUGGUUGAUGACAUAUCACACACGACAGUCGGGUGGUCCGAAUAAUUUCGGAUUCUUCUCAGCUGGAGUGGCAACGUCGGCAGAUGGGAAGCGUUGGCAUAAGCACAGCAAAAUAUUGUCGGCGGGGGACCCAGGUGCAUGGGAUGAGGGAGGUGUGUCCGUUCGCCAUGUGCUACGAGUGAAUGACAAGUAUGUAAUGUUUUAUGAAGGCUCAAAUUAUAAGUUCCAAUUCGCAAUUGGCUUGGCAACUUCAGAUGAUGGCCUGGUUUGGGAAAAAGACUUUCAAGUCGGACCGGAGCCUGGAGGCCCUAUAUUGAAAGCUCGCGUCGGCGAGAAUGUGUGGGAUAAUGUUAUUGUUGGAACUCCAUAUGUUGUGGCCUUGAGCGACGGGAGCUUCCGUUUGUAUUAUCUGGGAGUCGGCAAAAUGGUAGGCGACGAAGCAUCGAAGCAAGGGAUUGGGCUGGCAGUUAGCGACGGCCCAAAUUACAGGUCGUGGCGAAGGUUCAACGAGUGAACAAAGUCUUCAACGUUGCCCCUUCUUCAUUUUCUCCUCUUGUAUGUGUAGAUUGUGUAAAAGAUGGAAGUAAUAGUGUGAAGUGAAGUUGUGGCUUUCUCCUUCUUUUCAAGUUUUUGGAAAGGAGACUGGGGAUGUGGAAAUUAGGAUCCCUUACCAAUACAUGGAGGAAAUCAAACAGUGCACAGAAGUUGAUUGUAGUUAAAUUGAUUGGUGACGUUUGAAGAAGAUGAGCUGUGAAUUUAACACCCACGUCGACGACAUUGGCCAGGUACCUGAUUUGAAUGGUUUUCUCAACUAAAAGUACGAUUCGUUUACUUGUGCUA